AUGAAGAGGACUAUGCUUAACUAUUUUCAUUGCUACCUCUUAAUCCAAUGUUUCUAUUUCAUCUCCAUCUCAACAAGCUCUUCUUGCAACCAACUUGAUCAUGACUCUCUCUUGUCCUUCGACCUCAACUUCUAUCCUUUUCUACCUAAUCCCUUAAACUGGUCAAGAUCCAAUGCCAUUAACUGCUGUCUCUGGGAAGGCAUUGCUUGCAAUCCAAAUGGAAGAGUCACCCAUAUAUGGCUGCCAUCCAAAGGUCUCAAUGGCAUCAUCUCUCCCGCUCUAAAAAACCUCACCUAUCUGUCUCACCUCAAUCUCUCCCGCAACGCCCUCACCGGACCACUCCCAGAUGGGUUCUUUUCUGCUUUGCCUCUCCUUCAAGUCCUUGAUCUUAGCUUUAAUAGUUUCUACGGAAAGUUGUCAAACACCUUGCCCAUUUCCCUCCAAACACUGGAUUUAUCUAAUAACCAAUUUUCUUCAACAAUCCCAUCUUCAUUUCUUCAACAAGGAUGGAACUUGUUAAGUCUUAAUGUCAGCAACAACAAUUUCGUCGGCACCAUUCCAUCCUCUAUCUGUGCCAAUUCGAGCCUCAUUAGGCUUUUGGAUUUCUCCAAUAACUACUUCGUCGGAGAGAUUCCUCGUGGGCUCGGGGGAUGUUCAGAAUUAGAGGUCUUUCAAGCUAAUUUCAACUCUCUCUCGGGAGCAAUACCGAGUGACAUUUAUCAGGUGAAGACUCUGCGAGAAAUCAACUUAGCUUCAAAUAAUCUCUCAGGACCAGUUAAUGACAACAUCAUUAACCUUGCUAACCUCACCACCCUUGAGCUCAACUUCAAUGGAUUGAGUGGCAACCUCCCUUCAGACAUAGGAAAGCUCUCAAAAUUGGAAAAAUUGGCCCUUUCCAUUAACAACUUGAGUGGAACAAUACCCACUUCCUUGAUGAAUUGCACCCAUCUAAAAGAAUUAAGUUUAGGGUUCAACUCAUUUGAAGGAGAUAUCUCCACCCUAAAUUUCUCCAAACUUCAGCAGCUUACUGUACUUGACCUCGGUGACAAUAGGUUGUUCGGAAAGUUUCCCAUUAGCCUUUAUUCUUGCAAGUCCUUGAAAGCAAUUAGAUUAACCCGCAGCAAACUAGAAGGACAGAUUCUACCCGACAUGCUUAAUCUACAAUCUCUCUCAUUCCUUUCACUUUCUGAUAAUAGGCUGACCAACCUCUCGGGGGCGAUAAGAAUACUUAUGGGUUGCAAGAAUCUUAGUGUGCUUAUCCUCACAAAGAAUUUCAUGGGCGAGUCAAUGCCCGAUGAUGAAGAGAUGGUAAACAUGUGCACUAAUAGCUUUGAAAACCUCAGAUUUUUAAGCCUAACAGGUUGCCUCCUCGUCGGUCAAGUACCCAAGUGGAUAGGGAAACUGAAGAAGUUAGAGGCUUUGUUUCUCUCUAUUAAUCAACUAAGAGGCUCCAUUCCUGGCUGGUUAGUGAAUUUGCCCAACCUUUUCUUAUUGGACUUGUCUAAGAAUCUCCUUACUGGAGAAUUUCCUCAGGAACUUUGCAAUUUGCCAGCAUUGACAUUAGACCAAGUUGCAACUAAAGUGGAUGAUGCUAACCUAGAAUUGCCAAUCUUUAGUGGAUACAACUUCAGUGCUGCUGCAAACAACACCCAUGGUAGACAAUAUAACAAGCUCUCCAACUUCCCGCGAGCAAUAAUUUUAACAAGAAAUAGCAUUAGUGGGAGAAUCCCAGCUAAGAUUGGGCAAUUGAAGUUUCUGGCUUAUUUGGAUCUUAGAAAAAACAACUUCAAUGGCGAAAUCCCAGAUCAAAUAUCCAACCUUCGAAACUUGGAAACACUGGACCUAUCCAGCAACCAUCUAUCUGGCCAAAUCCCUCAAUCAUUGACUAGCCUCAAUUUCUUGUCUCUCCUUAAUGUCUCAGACAACAAUCUUCAAGGACCAAUACCGAUAGGUACACAACUCCAGGGCUUCGGGGCUUCUGCCUAUGAGGGAAAUCCAAAGUUGUGUGGGCCACCACUUCCCAACCCUUGUCAAGUUCCUGAUAUCACCAAUGAACACAAGGAUAGAGAUGAAAGCCCUCGGAUUUGUUUGAGCAGAAUGCUUGGAUAUAUUGUGGUGUUCUUCAGUGUUCAAUACUUUCUAGAGAUAUAG